AUGUCUUCAAGAAAUCAUUUAGACAACUUUACUCGAGGAAGAAUGAUUGGGAAGCUUGAGGAGGGGCGUAGUGUGACCAGUGUCGCCGAAGAGUUCGGUAUCAACAAAAGUGUUGUUUCUCGUGCUUGGAAUGUCUUUAAAACAACUGGUACAGCUGUUCGGAAGGUUGGUGAUGGCCGUCCAAGGAAAACAACAACAAGAGAUGACCGUUACAUUGUCGUACAGGCGAAAGGAGACCGUUUUCAGUCAGCGAGCGCCAUAUCUCAGCAACUGUGCUCAGCCACAGGACGACAAGUAUCAAGAUUUACAGUGGCCAGACGCCUCCACAAAGGUGGCUUAUUUGCUAGACGUCCUGAAUGCUGCAUACUUUUAAAAGUUAGCCAUCGGCGGCACCGUUUAGAGUGGUGCAGAGAACACGAAACCUGGACACCUCAUCAAUGGAGUCGAUUAGCUUCACAGAUGAGAGCCGUUUUAGUGCUACAAGCGAUUCUCAACGUCAGUUGA